CUUCUCAUCAGCAUCCUAUCGGGAGCGUGAAAGUCACUUCUGUAGGUGUCAUCCAGGCUCCUGAUUGAUUAGACGACACCGUAGCAGCUGCUUUACAACAACACCCUAUGUUUCAAUCUAAGUAUAGAGCCCGUAGAGCCCUUUCACGUGUUCAAUCACACGUAUUCAGGCAACCUCAUCUUCCGCAUUUUCUAGCUACGUGUAAAUCUGGAAAUACUUCCUAAAAUUAUGCUUUUUUCCCAUUUCGUUAUACCAUAAGACCAUUAAGAUGCAGUCUACGUCGUAUAUCUUAACACCCCGGUGUGAGAAAUAUAUCUUACAUCAUGCUGAAAACCAUCAUCGUCGACCAUCGACGUAUACCCCUCUGCCGCUGUGAAUUCAGUGAACGAAGUAUGUCCCCCGCCAAUUCAAAUUUUAGGGAAAGGACCUACACUUUUUUUAACUGCAUACUGUUUCUUAAUAUUAGUAUUAAGUGAAAAUAUCAAACACACCCAUUUCAAUGUCCUCAGUCAAACUCCCCAGAGUGCAAUAGCCCAAACUAUAUGAAGUAUUGCGUUUGCCUCGUCGCCCGGCCUUCCUGCUCGCAGGAACUGUAGCAGGAAGCAGUAACACAUUGAGUGCAAGUCACUACUUGUAUGUUAAAAAAAACACGCAUCUGUCUUACUUUAUGAAUAAACCUACAGUUCUCGCCGAUUGAAAUCGUGUGUUUAACUUUCAUUUCUACGAUUGUGCUAAUUGCUAUUCUGUGUUCCCUUGUUUUUGUACCGUAUUAACCUACGAAGAGCAAGAUAACGGUGCUUUUGUGUGGCACUCUACAUUCGAGCCUGGUAUCGUGAGGUCACUGCCCCGUCCACUGGAAUUUGUUUCUGUGGCGGAACGAUUUACAUUCAUAUGAAUUACGAACUAAUCAAACUCCAGCAAUAGUUUUGGCGCAGGAAAUAAGAAUUGUAGAGGACCUAAGUUCUUAUGAUUUGAAUUUACCCUACAUUUCAGUAUGUUGUUGAGAAUAUACUCUCUCCUGGUUUUACUGUAUGAUGUUAUUUAUCUCUUACUGGGAUGUGCCUGGGCUGUUAUUGAAUCUCUUUACCAGUUUAUAAGUCCACCAAAGGAAAAAUCAGUUGUAGGUGAACGAGUCUUGAUUGUGGGUGCUGGCCGAGGUAUUGGCAGAGAACUGACACUUCAAUUUGCAGCAUUAGGUGCAGAUGUUGUUUGUUGGGAUAUUAAUUCUGAGGCAAAUGAAGCAACAAAACAACAUGCAUUGGAGCAAGGAAAAGGUCAGGCAUAUGCAUACACAUGUAAUGUUGCAGAGAGAGAUCAGGUCAUAAGUAUUGCAGAAAAAGUCCGCAAAGAUGUGGGUGAUAUUACUGUUCUUAUUCAUUGCUGUGGAGUACCAAGCCCUAGAUCACUUGUUGCUCAACCAGCACCAGCUGUUCGGCAAACUAUGGAUGUUAGCAUCUUGUCUCACUUUUGGAUUCUAGAAGCAUUUCUUCCUCAAAUGCGGAAAAAUAAUAAGGGACAUAUUGUCGCUCUAACAUCAGUUGCUGGGUUGACAGGGAUAAAGGAUCAAGUUCCAUUAUGUGCAUCACAAUUUGCCGUUCAAGGUCUUAUUGAAGCUUUAUCUGAAGAGUUACGUACUACUAAAUCAUCAAAUAAAAUUUUUUUGACUUUGGUACAUAUUUAUCCUUUCAUUGUUAGUAGUGAUCUGGCUCAAGAUAUUAGGUUGAGAAUACCAAGCUACUUUGGGGUAAUUGAUCCAAAGGAUGCUGCUAAUCAGAUUAUAACAGCUAUGAGAAGAAAUUAUGCUGAAAUAAGCAUUCCAAGAUAUCUUUUGUAUCUUGGCAGCAUUCUAAGGCUCAUGCCACGAAAAGUUUCCAUUAUGUUUCGUGACCUUCUGGACACAGGAGUUGAUUUUGGAUAAUUAAUCAAUUAUUCUGGUGACAAGGUUUUAAUAUGUGAAGGGGAUGCAUUCAACAUUUUGCACAAUAUUUCUGAAUUGUUGAUCUCAGAGCUUUUUACUGGUAUAUAUUUAAUGUAUACAUUUCAAUAAAACAUGAAUCUCAUGUUAAAGUGUUUGCCUUAUAUUAAAUAUUUAAAAUUGACAGGUUGUUGUUGUUGUAUCAGUAUUCAUAGAAUAUGUAUAUUAGUUGUGUUUACAUAGAUUUAUUCUUUGUUGAAAUGGAUUUGUAUAAUCCAUGGUUUCACAUGACUGCAGUUACAAUGUUUUAUUAUUUAUUUUUAUACAAUAAAUAUUUACUGGAUAUAUUUUUUUGUUGAACUUGACUGAAAUAAAUUUAAGACCUCAUGUAAAUGAACCAAGAGUAUUGUAAGUUGUACUAAACUUCUUUAGGCCUGAUGUUUGAGAGUUAUGUGACAGUGUUAAGACUGGUUUCUUAGUGACGCAAUUGUAGCAGCUUUUCCAAUGAUGAAAUCUAUCCUCGUUGCCACAAAUUCAGAAUGAAUAAAUUAAGGUAAUAGACAGUCUUACUAUCUGAGCACUUCUGCCAUGCAUUUAUAAUGCUCAACAGCAAAUCUUCAUCUUGAUAAAAGUAUCCAGACAGUAUAGGACUGAAAUGGACUAAUAUUAACUUGAGAUUGUCGACAAAAAAAAUCAUACAGCUUGUACAUGGCAAAGAAACUAAAGUGCAGCAACACUGCCAUGCCAAGUCCCAACUGUCAAGAACAAAGAUGAAUGGUACUAAGUAUAAAUACAGAUGUGAUUGUUCAGUGAUAAUCCCUUUUAAUACUAUUGUUAAUAUCAAAAAAAUCUGCAUUGACUUAGCGGUAAUUAUAAUUGACAUUAGUUACAGACCGAAUUUUUUGGGAGAGAUGUUUGUUAAAUAAAACUGAUGUUCUUUAACAUUCAAAAUUGAUCAUCUUCUAUGUACUGAUUGCAUCACAUUUUGAAGGUACUAUAUCGCACUCCUAAUGCAAGAGGGCCACAUCUCCAAAAAUUUAAAAUUGAAAUAAACCCAUUGUUAGAUUCCUCAUUUUCUAUUACAUGUCAUGCAACAAUGUCAUGUUUUUAAUUUCAUUAAUAGCCAAGUAAAGCAAUUCAAUUUAAAUUCAAUUCCUGUUGUUAUAUGCCCUCGAGAAACCUUCCGAAGGCACUUCACCAAAAUAAAUUAUUUCGGAGUUGUGGCCCUUUGGCAUUAGAAGUGCAACAUGCCUCCUGGAGAAAAUGCACAAUGUGGCCACAAGCUUUGCACUCACUUUAUCUUUGAAAUUUCAUCAACAUUUGCAAUAAAUGCACUUUGUACAAAGUUGUACCAUAUAACGUUGGGUAUCACUAACUAGGCGUCUUGGUCAAAUUUUCUGAAUCUGUUCUUGGCACAUCAGUUAAGGCUGGGUAGAGCAAUUUCUGUCUAAGCUAUUAAGUCAGCAAGAAAUCACAUGUAAAUACUGAUUUUGGAUGGAUUUAUCAACACAUUAAUGUUGUCUCAUGUCUCCCCAGUAGUUGGGGUGUCCUGAGUUAAGAUCUGAGUAGUCAGAUUUCUAUUACAUGUAACACUGCUUCAGUGUAAAAUUCGACAAGAAAAACUGUUUUUAAAAAUAUUUUAUCGAAGAACCGUGUGAAUAUAUUUAAGUCUACAAAUAAAAUAACAUGAAAAUCUAAGAAAAAAUAUCUCUGACAUGAUUUGUCACUGAAACAGAAUCUUUGUAUUUACUACAUUCUUAAUUAAAUCUACAUUAUUAAUAUUUAUACACAAAAACGUUUACAAUAAAGGAAAUAUGUUAUAAGUUUUUGUGUUAAUGAGGAGAAUAGAAAGUCAAAGGCAAUAGGUCUUGAAACAAAUGCAGAGAAUGACUGAUUGUGAGAAGUGAGCUGAGAAAAUUUCUCUGUCACUGAGGCAACGUGCUCACAAGCUGCUUUCUUCUGUACCCCACAUGUGCCUUAUAACCUAUAUGUACGAUAGUUUAUUUCAGGAAAAUGAAAAAUUAAUUUAGAUUAAAUACAUUGUUUUAUUUUUUUAGUAUCUUUAUACCUAGAUAAAAGUAGA